GACGAACGAUCCCGUUAUUACGCGAACGAUUCCUUAGACACGCGACAACCUAUCUCGCCUCCGCAACGUCUCGUGACCUACUCCUCGACUAGGUUUGCGGGCAUCAGCCUCUUGGGAGUUUUGCUACCGAUUACAGAACGUGCCCCUCCACGCUCUCUCAAGAUCAUCCCGUCGCUUUGUCCACGGAACGUGAAUCGCAAUACCAAAGGACGUCGACGCUGCGGCCGUUACUACGAGGAUGAACCUGUACGAGACGCGUUUGCAGCCGUACUUUUCUUAACGUCUCCAUCCUGAAUCGUGUCACCGAGGGAGGGUACCAUCCUGCGAGGUCAAAGCUCGAAGCGCGGAUCGACGAACAGGGUGGUGGCGCGAUAAACAUAAAGAAAAUGGGGGUGCCGGAUGUAGAGCAGGCUAAGAGACGACUCCAGGAUAUUCUUAGGAAAGCGCAGAAGCUCGAGAUCCCUCCGCAAGAAGUGAUCUCGACGCGGACCGCCCAGAAGCUUCUUGCCAGAACGAGGAACGUCCUGGCAUGGACGAUCUGGAUCACCGUUUUUGUCCUGAUGCUCAGCGGCGUGGUCUAUGCCCGUUGGCCGACGAGACAAGAAGUCGAGACCAUUAGGACUGUCCUUAGGCGAACGUGUUCCGGAGCAGCUUCGGGAGACUUCUCGGAGCGUGUGGCAGCGCUUUUACACUCCUCUUCCACUCAAGACGACUGCUAGUCCUCGUCGAGAUUCCUCCGAGCUGUUCUACUUUCCUCGCACGAAGAAACCGAUGGAAACGCCGAAGAAAACCGUAGCGCGUCGCACCGCUCGCAGGGCGUUCACGAUUUUCGAGCUAACUCGUAAGCUUUAACGCGGCUCGAGCUAAUGAUCGCGACGAUCAUGAAACGAUUCCUCGUUAACGCUUACACGCGUAAACCGUUUGUAAUUAGUCAGGGAUUCUUUCAUCCGGAACGUUCAACCGAUCGCUCUCGUUCGAUGCGAGAAUUUUCCUAUUUCAACUCGCUUCGCUUCAACCGUGAAAUCCGUGCUCAUUCGCGAAGGCCCCUUU